CCCCUCAAUAAACGUCUUUGCAGCUUCCUCUGGCAUUUCAACAAGGAAACGACAGAAGAGCGACGGGAGAGACGAACCUCGAAGCGUACCAGAGGGCCAUGGCUCGUGGGCAGCAGAAGAUCCAGUCCCAGCAGAAGAACGCCAAGAAGGCAGCAGAGAAGAAGAAAGGUCAAGGCGCUGACCAGAAGACCGCAGCGAAGGCGGCGCUGGUCCACACCUGCCCCGUCUGCCGGACACAAAUGCCUGACCCCAAGACAUUCAAGCAGCACUUCGAAAGCAAACAUCCCAAGUCGCCGAUGCCUCCUGAGCUGGCCGACGUUCAGGCAUAAAGGACCGACUGGACCAGACCUGAAGCUGGAUCCACUAUGACCAUGGAUUAAACGCUGAAUGACAAAGCCUGAAGGAUGUUGCUGACGAACACUGGGGCUCUUCGGUAUCAACGGACAGCGAGGAGGGGCUGGGGGACGGAUGUGUGUGUGUGAAUGUGUGUGUGUUUGUUUAAGAAAACAGAAUCAGAAUGAAGGGGCAGAAGUACACCAGCACCCGUGUGUCUUGCUUUUUUUUUUUUUUUUUUUUUUUUUUCAAUAUAUUUAUUUUGUGUACAACUCCCCUUGCUAUUCCAGAGGGAGGGAGGUUUCCCAGAAAGCAGAACCAGCCGAUUUGCCUGCCAACGUUGAAGAAAAUGUUUGCGUGAAGAUGUAAGAGCACUGAGAAUGUCACGUAAUCUGAACAUUAACCGAGAGGAGGCUCGACACGUGUGGGGAAAAAGCUUCCUAAACAAGUUGGCUGGCAAACGGUUGUGGUUUGUUGAACGCUCUCUGUCAUCCAGUGAGGUUCAGACGGCACAUUCACGGCCCCUCCUCCAUCACCCUCAUCCACAACGGACAGUGGCGCUGCUCUUGGGCAAAAAUCUCGCAGCUUACAAGUUUCUCUUGCACUUGAAUUGAUAACGAGCUUCAGAGUUCCCCGGCAGCAUGUCUGGUUUCUCCGCAGAGCAUUGUUUUAAAUCAAUACAAUUCUUAAUUGAACACGAUAUGCACAUUUCCUCCUAGAUGGCUUUUCAGGUUCAGAUGUUUUUGUGAAAAUGAAAAUGACAGAAAUGAAAAAAAAAAAAAAAAAAACAGUGCCAGUGAGAAAAUGCGUAUUAUUAGUUUCUUUAAAAAGCAGUUUUUGGAGAUGCUUGAUUUUUUUUUUUUUUUUUUUUUUUUGUCCAGCGAGAGUCGAGUCCACAGCCCUGCCUCCAUGCUGCUGCUCCACAGGCGUCCAACACUCAGAAACAGCGACAUGAACAGUACCUCAUCACCCGCCACACACUUAACAAGCAUCGUCAUGUGUUGCUGGUUUUUGCUACUUUUCCUCACUCUUUGCACGCUUGUAUUCUCAGUCGAGUCUCCCGAAGCAAUCUUGGCAGUAAGACGCUGUUUGUCGAAGUCAGGAGCAAGCAGGAUUUGUUUUGGAAAACCAGGCCCUUUUAUCUUUUUUUAAUUCCAAAUGAUUGCAUACUUUGAGUACACCCCUCUGUGUUUAUGGAUCAUUUCAGCUGUAGUUUCAGUGUUCAGUGUGUGAAGGAAUUACAAGAAGCCCCGAGGACUGAGAUUUUAUCACUUUUAGUUCAGUAACUGCCAAAAUGAUGAAGCCCUGUUUUGGUUCUUCAUAUAUUUCCUAGCAGGCAAAAAAAAAAAAAAAAAAAUAUUCGCAAAGAUUCAAAAGUUAUUU